GCUGCCCGUGUGGGUGUAAAUGCGUCACCUUGCGUGAUCGACCCACUGCUGGCUGGACGCUCCUGCCGUAACCUCCGAGCGUGGAAUCCCUUCCCCCGUCUCUGCUCUUUGUUCCAGGACAACAUUCUGCUCACCGCGGACGGCAAAGUGAGGGUCAACGACUUCGGAUGCAGCUUCUACCUGAAGUAUAAAACCCAAACCGUGGGCGGGACGUUGCCCUACAUGGCCCCGGAGCUGCUGCUGGGCUACCGUGUCACCUGUGCCGUGGACAUGUGGGCCCUGGGCUGCACCGUGGCCGAGUUGGCCACCGGCAAGGUGCUCUUCAAUUCACAUACCUACAAAGACCACCUGCACCGCUGCAUCGAGAUGCUGGGCAUGCCCCCGAAGAAGAUGGUGGACGAAGCCCCUUACAGGAAAAAUUACUUUGACUCUGAGGGACUCCCCGACAACCUGUCCAAGCUGAGGCCACCGGGAAGUAUCCCCCUGCACCGCGCUCUGUGGGGCCGUCACCCUCAGCUGGUGGACUUCGUCAGCCGCUGUCUGCAAUGGGAUCCGAAACUCCGGAUGACGCCUAAGAAGGCGCUGGCUCACAGCUGGCUCCAAACCAUCAUCACCACCACCACCACCACCACGAGCAGCACCCCCACCACCAGCAGGGCCACGCCCACCACCAGCAAGGCCACUCCCACCGCCAGCAAGGCCACUCCCACCGCCAGCAGGGCCACUCCCACCGCCAGCAAGGCCACUCCCAACGCCAGCAAGGCCACUCCCAACGCCAGCAAGGCCACUCCCACCGCCAGCAAGGCCACGCCCACCGCCAGCAGGGCCACUCCCACCGCCAGCAAGGCCACUCCCAACGCCAGCAAGGCCACUCCCACCGCCAGCAGGGCCACCCCCACAACCAGCAGGGCCACUCCCACCGCCAGCAGGGCCACCCCCACCGCCAACAAGGCCACGCCCACCGCUAGCAGGGCCACGCCCACCACCAGCAGGGCCACGCCCACCACCAGCAGGGCCACUCCCACCGACAGCAAGGCCACUCCCACCGCCAGCAAGGCCACUCCCACCGCCAGCAAGGCCACCCCCACCACCAGCAGGGCCACGCCCACCACCAGCCACGCCCACCACCAGCAGGGCCACUCCCACCGCCAGCAAGGCCACGCCCACCGCCAGCAAGGCCACUCCCACCGCUAG